GCCGCGCUCGUGGGAGACGCUAUCGCAAGAUGGCGUCGGCGAGGCCGCGGGAUGCGGAGUGAGCGCGCCCCGCCGGGGGCUCUGCGAGGCUGCUGCGCUCCCCCACGCCGCCGCCACCGCCGCCGCCGCCGCCAGCGCGGCGCCGCCUCCCUGCCUGCCAUUGCGCCGCGGCCAAGCCUCCCCGCCUCGCAGCGGCUCCCUGCGUCCCGGCCUGCAGCCUCUCCGGGCGCCGGCUCCGCCGCCACGCCCCUCAGGCACCGCACUCGGUGCGAGGUGUGAGUGCGUCGGGUCGAUGCGGUGAUCUCCGGCCCGCCUGGGAGCAGCGCGUGGAUUGGCGGGCGGCGGCGAGCGCCUUUACAAUGGCCCUGACCCUGUUUGAAUGCUCUGUUGGAGAUCUGGUUCAGGGGACUUAGAGUGAAGAUCAGAUAGACUUCUGUGAUAGUGCUGGCAACGGUGAUACUUCCCAUUGCACUCAGAACAUGUGAAAACAGAUACAGAUGAAUAUAGACCUCCUGUUUGGAAAUCUUACUUGUACCAGCUGCAACAGGAAGCCCCUCAUCCUCGAAGAAUUACCUGUACAUGUGAGAGUGGACAGUGAGAGAGAGAGACAGAGAGAAAGGUCUUCCUUUUCCGUUGGUUCACCCCCGAAUGGCCGCUGUGGCCGGCACACCGCGGCCGGCACACCGCGGCUGGCGCACCGCGCUGAGCUGAAGGUAGAAAACAGACCAAAGUAUUAUGGAAGAGAAUUCCAUGGCAUGAUUUCCAGAGAAGCAGCUGACCAGCUCUUGAGCGUGGCCGAGGGGAGUUACCUCAUUCGGGAGAGCCAGCGGCAGCCAGGAACCUACACUUUGGCUUUAAGAUUUGGAAGUCAAACCAGAAACUUCAGGCUCUACUACGAUGGAAAGCACUUUGUUGGGGAGAAACGCUUUGAGUCCAUCCACGAUCUGGUGACUGAUGGCUUGAUUACUCUCUAUAUUGAAACCAAGGCAGCAGAAUACAUUGCCAAGAUGACGAUAAACCCAAUUUAUGAGCACAUAGGAUACACAACCUUAAACAGAGAGCCAGCAUACAAAAAACAUAUGGCAGUCCUGAAAGAGACACAGGAUGAGAAAGAUUCUACAGGCCAGGAUGGGGUAUCAGAGAAAAGGUUGACAUCACUUGUUAGAAGAGCAACUCUGAAAGAAAAUGAACAAAUUCCAAAAUAUGAAAAGGUUCACAAUUUCAAGGUCCAUACAUUCCGAGGGCCACACUGGUGUGAAUACUGUGCCAAUUUCAUGUGGGGUCUCAUUGCUCAGGGAGUGAAAUGUGCAGAUUGUGGUUUGAAUGUUCAUAAGCAGUGUUCCAAGAUGGUCCCCAAUGACUGUAAGCCAGACUUGAAGCACGUGAAGAAAGUGUACAGCUGUGACCUGACAACGCUCGUGAAAGCACACAUCACCACGCGGCCAAUGGUGGUGGACAUGUGCAUCAGGGAGAUCGAAGCCAGAGGUCUUAAUUCUGAAGGACUGUACCGAGUGUCAGGAUUUAGUGACCUAAUUGAAGAUGUCAAGAUGGCUUUUGACCGAGAUGGUGAGAAAGCAGAUAUUUCCGUGAACAUGUAUGAAGAUAUCAACAUUAUCACUGGCGCGCUGAAACUGUACUUCAGGGACUUACCAAUUCCACUCAUUACGUACGAUGCCUACCCCAAGUUUAUAGAGUCUGCCAAAAUCAUGGAUCCCGACGAGCAAUUGGAAACCCUUCACGAAGCCCUGAAACUACUGCCGCCGGCUCACUGCGAAACCCUCCGCUACCUCAUGGCGCACCUGAAGAGAGUCACCCUGCACGAAAAGGAGAAUCUCAUGAAUGCAGAGAACCUUGGAAUCGUUUUUGGCCCAACCCUCAUGAGGUCUCCCGAGCUGGACGCAAUGGCCGCCUUGAAUGAUAUCCGGUAUCAGAGACUGGUGGUGGAGCUGCUGAUCAAAAAUGAAGACAUUUUAUUUUAAGCUUUUAAUUUGAGGGGAAAAGAGAUGCUUUACAGAUGAAGGAAUGUUUUACAGUAACUUAAUUGGCUCCUGUAGCUGAAUUGCUUCUUGGUUAGAGGUUGGGGCAUAUAACCAGAUGGAAAUGAAGGAACUUUCUGUUGUUUUCGUAGCACUGCUCAGCUGUCCUUGUAAAACAGUGAACACGCGCUUUCCAGUUCUAGUAAGCCUGGGUGUUUAUCAUGUCCAGAGAAACUCCAGCUAUUGCAUGAUUAGCCCCCUGUCUGGCAGCGAAACCCCAUGCCCAGGAAACAGCAAACCUGCACCUGCACGGCCUCUUCAUCCCGGGUAGCCUGUGGUCGUAACCCCGCAUGUUUCACACAGUAAGCCUAUCGUGACUGCGUCGGGGUCUGUGUCCUGGGUGUGUGAUGCUUGUACAAACAUGCACACACGAGUGGAGAGAACAGCACCUCUGCCUGUUGCAUUCCCGUAGACCAUGGCACAUGCCUUUUCACAAAGGUUCAUUUCUGGCUUCUCAUAGUUCUCCUCUACAUAGUACUAACUUAGUACUUUCUUUCUGGCAAAAGCAAAAUGUGUUUCAGACUUGUUAUCUUUAAUAAGUUAUCCCUACCAAUAAAAGAUGUACAACACAGAG